AUGUGCCCUCCUAAAGCUUUGCCCAAAGCGAGAAAUCGCUGGAAAGAUUCUGAAUCAAUUUCUCUAUGUUAUAUGUUAGUGAGCAUGAAUAGUGUGUUUCAAAAGCAACACGAGAAUUUCCCUGCUGCCAAAGAGAUCAUGAAAAAUUUAGAAGAUUUACUCGGAGCCACUCUGGUUAAAGAACGUAUGCUUAAGCUUAUGGGAUUCUUUGUGGAAGCGGAGGACAAUGGGGGUGAACUAGGCGUGAACACUCAAAUUGAAAUAGUGUUCAAAUCCUUAACCAAGGAGUUUGUUGGUUUUAGGGCCGUUUACAACUUGGGGAACAAGACACUUACCUUGGCUCAGCUCAUGAAGGAAUUACAAUCCUAUGAGUUGAUGUUGAAUGGUGGUAAGCCGGUUCAGGAGAAACCUGAGGCAAACUUAGCUGUGGGUCCCUCAUUCUCCAAGGGGAAAUAA